UGUGUUUUCAUUCAGUAGCAAUUUAGUGAGUCAUUCUGGAGGCUGUUUGCCUGUGGCUCCCUGGCCCUGGUUAACUCUGAUUUCCUCGGAAACAGUCCAACAGCUGCCUAGGGGACUCACCUUCAGGACUGUGCAGGUUCCUAAGAGCAAGGCUGGAGAGGAUAUUGAGUUGGCCACUGAUGUAGGUUUCCAUCACAUCGACACAACCUACCUCUGUCAAAAUGAGAAGAUUGGCAAGGCCCUCUAAGAGAAGAUGAUGGAUGGUACUGUGAAGAGAGAGGAUAUAUUCUACACCACCCAGGUUUGGACUACUUUCCUUCCAACAGAACUGGAUCAAACAGCCCUGGAAAGAUCACAGAAGAAACUUGAACUGGACUACACAGAUCUUUUUACCAUUCAUGUGCCAAUUGCUAUGAAGCUUUCAGAAGGAUUGAUUUCAGGGAUCUCACGGCCUCCACUUCAGAGAGUUAAGGACACUCCCUUACAUUCCUAAGUGACCUGGAGGGAACUCUGAAAGGACAAGUGAACCCCUUGGAGACCACAAGUUGCUUUUCAGAAGAUAGUAUCCUACAGAUAAGUAACAUAUGACUCCUUGGUUCUUACCUUACUUGUUGGACUAUUAGACAACAGGCUACUUGGCUACAUCAGAUUUCGCCUGAGGUUCUAGGCAAGAAUCUUGAUUGGUUACAGGCCUCUUCUCUUGGAUUCCCCAAAGAUUAAGGUCUAUUAUGGAAGGGAUACUAAAAUUUGGUCUGUAUAUCUUGCUAAUCUGUGUGGUCAACCAUGUAAUUAUAAAAUGUGAAUUUAAGUGUUGUUCCAAAGCCGUUAUCAGAGUACUAAAGUAACAAUCAUGCAAAGUAUAUCUCACUCUCCCAACUUGUGCUCAAAAAUAUUUUAAAAUAAAGGUAAAACAAGUCCAUUCCUCUGACCCUGAUCUUCACCCUUUUAGAGCAGGAAGUAGCUAGAGUGGUCAUCACCCAGAUUUCCCAAGAUUGAGAAAUGAGCAUAAGACAGUGGGGAUUUAAACUGAGAACGAAGGCAUUAAAAUCUUCCCUAGAGGGAAAUCUUUGAGAUAAACUUUGUUAACAGCAGCUGGGAAUACACAAUAUAAUCAACUGUUGUUUAGAACUAACUAGGUCUUUCUGUCUCUCCUUAGUAUAGGAGUCAGAUGUUUUUCUCAAGAAGCCAAGGUCCUGACGUCAAGAUUCAGCCUCACAAGGUAAAAUGCAUGCUAAAGAUGAAAAACAACCAGAAGAGUCCAGAUUGUCACAGGAAUAGAAAUUCAAUUUUCACAGACUUCUGGGAAGGCGUCAACCAGCAAGGACACAUGCUUCUCCACCCCUACUCAAAACUCCAGCACAUACUCCCCCUCCCCAACAUAAAACCUCAGAUAAAAAUGCCUGCUUUUUUCCCUUCAAUGAGGUGGUUUUGAGUUUUAACUCCCAUGACUUCUUCUGGUUUCCUUUUGGUAAUACACCUGUUUCAAUGCCACAAUCCUGGCAUUACAGUACUUGGACCUCCUGUGACUCAGGUUCCUAAGAGCAAAACUCUGGAGGCCACUAAACUAGCUAUAGAUGCUGGGUUCCGCCAUAUUGAUUCUGCUCAUUUGUACAAUAAUGAAAAGGAGGUUGGACAGGCCAUCCGAAGCAAAAUUGAAGAUGGCACUGUGAAGAGAGAAGACAUAUUCUACACUUCAAAGCCAGGGGAAGAACUUUUUCCAGAAGAUGAACGUGGAAAAUUAAUAUUUGACACAGUGGAUCUCUGUGCCACGUGGGAAGCCAUGGAGAAGUGUAAGGAUGCAGGAUUGGCCAAGUCCAUCGGCGUAUCCAACUUUAACCGUAGGCAGCUGGAGAUGAUCCUGAACAAGCCUGGGCUCAAAUACAAGCCUGUCUGCAACCAGGUGGAAUGUCAUCCUUAUCUCAACCAGAGGAAACUGUUGGAUUUCUGCAAGUCAAAAGAUAUUGUCCUAGUUGCCUAUAGUGCUUUGGGAAGCCAACGUCCAAAAAUAUGGGUGGACCAGAGCUCCCCAGUUCUCUUGGAGGAUCCAGUCCUUUGUGCCAUGGCAAAAAAGUACCAGCGAACUCCAGCACAGAUUGCCCUUCGCUACCAGCUACAGCGUGGGGUGGUGGUCCUGGCCAAGAGUUACAAUGAGAAGCGGAUCAAAGAGACUGUGCAGAUUUUUGAAUUCCAGUUGACUUCAGAGGACAUGAAAAUCCUAGACGGCCUAAACCAAAAUUUUCGAUAUUUUCAAUUAAAAAUUGCUGCUGACCACCCUGAGUAUCCAUUUGCUGAUGAAUACUAGCAUUGAGGCCUUUGUCCUGACUUCUACCAGAAGCCCUGAAUGCGGAUAGUGACACAGGAAAUGUCUCAGAUGUUGUCAAUCAGACACAUCAGCUUGGGCUCCAUCCAUGAUGCUCAGCAACCCAUACUCAGCUAGACUGAAGUCUAUGGGUCAGGAAGGAAAGGCACUCAAUUUUUGUCACUUUCUGUGAAAAUUAAAGACUUUUUUCCCUAAA